GAGACAGGAGCUGAUCAGCUUCCCCCUCACCGGCCCUACGACUGUGCCAUUGAUUUGGUACCUGGGGCACCACUCCCGGUGGGGCGUCUGUACCCAAUGUCGGAGCCGGAGUUGGCAGCUCUGCGAGACUUCCUGGACAAGAACCUGAAACGCGGAUUCAUCCGACCCUCAACCUCUCCCCUAUCUGCUCCAGUGCUUUUCGUGAAGAAGAAAAGUGGGGAGCUCCGGCUGUGCAAUGACUACCGGGCCCUGAACAAGAUCACCAUCCGCGACCGGUACCCUCUACCACUGAUCCCUGAACUCUUGGAUCGCCUAAAGGGGGCCCAAAUCUACACCAAGCUGGACCUCCGUGGAGCGUACAAUUUGGUGCGCAUACGGCCCGGAGACGAAUGGAAGACCGCGUUUGGGACCCGAUACGGGCAGUACGAGCACCUGGUAAUGCCCUUUGGACUGACCAAUGCCCCCGCUGUCUUCCAGAGGUUCAUGAAUGACAUAUUCCGGGACCUGCUCGACCGCUUCGCGAUCAUAUACCUGGAUGACAUCCUAAUUUACUCCCGCAAUCCUGCCCAGCACGCCGAGCACGUCCGCCAGGUCCUGCAGCGCCUACGAGCCCAUGGUCUCUACGCCAAGCUGGAGAAGUGCGACUUUGACCUGCGCUCCGUCGAGUUCCUUGGGCACAUCGUGUCACCGCAGGGGAUCCUCAUGGACCCGAAAAAAGUAGAAGCGGUCCUGACCUGGCAGGCUCCUCAGAAUCGCAAAGACCUGCAGCGGUUCCUCGGUUUUGCCAACUACUAUCGGCAAGUCGGAGAGGGUGAGGAUGAUGGGGCAGGACGCCGGGGAACCGACAGCGGCGAGCCGAAGCCCAAGGACCAGUACGAGGAAGACUACCAGUUAUUCCGCUCGAUGGUCCGCAAAGAGAUCGAUGGGGCCCUCAGAGGACUGAGGGACAAGGUCCGCGACCUGACGGUCCAACUCGGGAGGGCCCUGGGGGGGCAGCCUCCCGAAGACCGGCCGCGGCCCAAGCGGGGGCCCGAAGCCGGCCGAGUCAGCCGGCGGCAGUUGCGGCGCCCGCCCCUACGAGGGCAGGCCAACGUCGCCCGAGUCCGAGGAUGGAACGAGGUGAUGAAGAUAGAGCAGUUCACCAAUGGGCUGAAUGUGAGCAUCCUAGAUCGGGCCCUCACCCAAGCUCGCCCAACUACCUUGGUGGGGUGGAUUCAGCUAGCCGGGGAAGUGGAGAACAACCUCAAGCGGGCGGCCAUGCUGUGUCAGCACCAGUCCGGGAAAACCCAGGCGAGAGGGAGCCCUGCUAAGGUCAAGCCCCCCAAAGGGAAGAAGCCGGCCGCAGCAGUACCGGUGGGGCCCCGCCGCUGCUUCAGAUGCGGGGACCCAAAUCACCUGGCCUCCAACUGCCCACACCCCCCACCACUACGGGCGCUGCCGGCCCCACCCAAGCCGAUCGCCCCAACUCCGAAGAAAGCCCCUGGCCGCCCUAAGGAUGUGGCGAAGAGCAGUGCGGUAGCGGUACAGGAGGAGCUGAUGGAAGAAGAAGUGCUCUUGUCCGCGGAGCUGGCCGACCUGGCGUGGGUGGAAGAGCCGGCAGAAAACGAGCCCGACCUGCUGCUCUGA